AUGAUAUUGGAACACAUCACUCGCAAAGGACUGGAAGCGAUAUCACCACUCAGUGCACGCGAUGAUAACGAACACAUCACUCGCAAAGGACUGGAAGCGAUAUCACCACUCAGUGCACGCGAUGAUAACGUCCCGCAACUGUUUGUCGAGAACUUACUGCAAGUCCACAAACAGCACUUGAAUCUAAUCAAAGAGGUCUUCAACGGCGACCAGUCAUUCAUCGGUGCCUUAGAUAAGGCGUGCGCUGCCGUUAUUAACCAUAGGCUGAGCCUUAAGCUUCCCUGUCGUUCACCGGAACUGUUGGCCCGUUAUUGCGAUGGUUUGCUUAAAAAGAGUGUCAAAGGCAAUAAUGAGUCGGAAAUUGAUGACAAACUGAGCGCUUGUAUCACAAUAUUUAAGUACAUCGACGACAAAGACGUGUUUCAGAAGUUUUACGCCAAAAUGCUGGCCAAACGACUCAUACACUCGCAGUCGGUGUCGAUGGACGCCGAAGAAGCGAUGAUCAACAAACUGAAACAGGCCUGUGGUUACGAAUUCACGUCCAAAUUGCACCGUAUGUUCACUGAUAUCAAAGUUAGCGACGACUUAAAUAACAAUUUCAACGACUAUUUGCGCCAAAAUACGCUGGAAUUAGGCAUAAAUUUCAACAUAUAUGUGUUACAGGCGGGCGCCUGGCCUCUGAACCAGUCGGCGCUCUCGACGUUCGCUAUCCCACUGCCCCUCGAGAAGAGUGUGUCGGCCUUCGAGAAGUUCUAUGCGUCGAAAUUCAAUGGGCGUAAACUGACCUGGCUACACCACCUCUGCCAAACUGAACUCAAGUUCGGGUUCACUCGGCGGACAUACUCUGUGGUGAUGGGCACCUAUCAUAUGGCUAUCCUAUUGCUGUUCGAGUCGUCCGAUUCCCUCCAUUACAUGGAAUUACAGGAAAACACGAAACUAACGGACGAACAAUUGCAAAGACAUUUGCAGUCAUUAGUCGACCACAAGAUUCUGUUAGUCGACGGCAGCCAUAAGUCCAAUGAGUCGGCCGACGAGGAAUCCAAUACUCAGUCGUCGAGCGCGUCGUCCACAUCUCAGUCGACGUCCCAAUCGGUCGAUACGAUCUAUACAUUGAAUUUGAAUUAUAGUAACAAACGAAUGAAAUUCAAGAUAACAGCCGUUCAGCAGAAGGAAGUGCAACAGGUUUUGCAACAAGAAGUGGAACAAACGCACGCAUCGGUCGAUGAGGACCGCAAGCUAUACCUUCAGGCGGCUAUCGUUCGCAUCAUGAAAGACAGGAAAGUCUUAAAACACAACCAAUUGAUAGAACAAGUGAUAAAUCAGUCGAAGAAUCGGUUCACACCUUCCGUUCAGAUGAUUAAGAAGUGUAUCGAAGCUCUGAUGGAAAAACAGUAUUUAGAGAGAAAUACCAGUAAUACAGACGAGUACUCGUAUAUCGCCUGAGUUUUCAAGUUAUAGUCUAUUAAUCCUUUCUAUUAUAC